UAUCUGUUCCCGGUAUACUCGUGUACUCUGUGUCUGGUGUCUGUGACUGUCUGUGACUGGCUAUCAUCUUCUUGGUGGCUAUUAUCUUCCAUGAUUGAAUAAUCUGUGUUCCAUGAUCGAACUUCGAAGCGAUGUUCUAAAGUAUAGGCAUUUAUUUAAGCUUAAUUAAUGUACUGUGCUAAAAAUUAUUGAUUACUUUGGGUGUUGAACAAACUGAACUUUGCUACGCUUCUUGUUGGAAUAUUUACAUGAUUAGUGCUAAAAUACCAUCAAAAAACUUAACUUAGUUUAUACAUUGUUCAAGUAAGAUUUAUUUAAAAAGCGACAUGGAGGAUCACAGAAGUGUUGAAGAUACUCCGGCGUCUCAAAGGCUGACGAAUGAUGACUUUAGGAAGUUGCUAAUGACUCCGCGCUCGACACCAUCUGGGGGUGCGCACCCUCCUGGUUCAGUCAGAGAAGCCAUGGCUAAUGCAGGGACUAUGCCCCCACCUACGGAAAACAAAGGCGAGCUUCGUCGUAAAAAGAAAUCGUAUUAUGCUGCUCUCAAAAAACAAGAAGACAAUAAGCUGGCCGAGCUUGCUGAGAAGUAUAGAGAUCGAGCGCGAGAGAGACGGGAUGGUCUCAAUGAUAUAACUACCAUUGAUCCUGCGAGUAAUACCAGCAGUGCCUACAGAGCUGUGGCACCAGACCUUAAAUCUGGUAUGGACGCAAAGGAACGGAGACGGCAAAUGAUUCAGGAAUCUAAAUAUCUCGGUGGUGAUAUGGAACACACUCACUUGGUGAAAGGUCUCGAUUAUGCUUUACUGCAAAAAGUCCGUUCAGAAAUUCAAACUCGUGAACAAGAACAGGAGGCAGAGAUGGAGCGACUUGUGUCAGCUCCGUUGGAGCCCAUUCAAGAAGCUAUAAAAGAAAUUGUUCCUAUCGAAGAAGAAAUACAGUAUCAAACUCCCAUGGCAAAAAAUAUUUGUAACCUCAUCAUGGAACAAAAGAGCAAGAAGGUGACCCGCAACGAGCUGUUCGCGCCCGGGCGCACGGCCUACGUGGUGGAGCUGGAGGAGGAGGGCGGCGACAGCGACAUCCCCACCACGCUGACGCGCAGCAAGGCCGACGUGCCGGCGCCCGACCGCCGCAGCUCCGCCGCCGCCGCCGCCGACGUCGUGCUGGACAAGCUGCAGCAGAUCUUCUCCUACCUGCGCCACGGCCGCCACCGCCGCAUGAAGAAGACCAAGGAUAAAGCGACAGACAAGGGCCGUAACGAUGACUCCAUAUAUGGCGACAUCGGUGACUACGUGGCUGAAAGGAGGGGCGACCGACGCGACGAGAGACCGCGGACUUACUUCGACAAACCUCUAGAGGUUGAAAAGGAAGAGGGGCCGGGCGCGCCGCGGGCGGAGCGCGAGUCGCGCUCGGCGGCGCUGCUGUCGCGGCUGGCGGCGGAGCCCGAGGGCUACGCCGAGUGCUACCCCGGCCUGCGCGAGAUGGACGACGCCAUCGACGACUCCGACGACGAGGUCGACUACACCAAGAUGGACGCCGGCAACAAGAAGGGGCCCAUCGGUCGCUGGGACUUCGACACACAAGAAGAGUAUUCGGCAUACAUGAGCAGCAAGGAAGCUCUUCCGAAGGCCGCCUUCCAGUACGGAGUCAAGACUCAAGACGGACGUAAGACGAGAAAGACCAAGGAUAAGAGUGAGAAAGCUGAACUCGACCGGGAAUGGCAACAGAUACAAAAUAUAAUUCAGAAACGCAAAGCCCCACAGUACACUGCCGAUGAAACGGGAUUCAGCAAAACUCCUAGAUAUUAGUGCCUUUUAUUUUAAUUAUUGUAAAAUAUAAAUAUAUAAACAUAUUUAAGUAUGAAAUAUUUUACUGUUUAGUAUGUGUCUAUGCUGUUUAUAAUUUAGUCCUAAUAUCUUGCUAAAUGUAAAUAGUGUGACAGAAAUAAAGUUCUAAGAUUUAA